AGAGGCAAGCAGAGGCAUCAGAAAGAAGCUCUCUGCUCCACUUAGAGUAACCACGCUCUCCCUCCUCACCCUAACCCAUCUUCUCAACCCACAGAGUUCCCCCUCCUGGGAGCACAACAGAGGACCUGCUGCUGGAAAAGAGGGUUAAAGGCUUUUCUUUUUUGCAAAACAGAAGAGCAAGAAGUUCUGCGCGAAGAGACAUGUUGACGGGCGUUUUCUGAACCGAAGCCUACAGUCCCUUCAAGCUCUUUCACCCCCCCUUCUUCUUCUUUUGAAUGGAUCAAUCUGGGUGCCACAAAGAGCAUGCUUACAUUCAGAGGAAUGUUGAUUUUGAUCUUCACCACUCAGAAGAGUUCAAUGGAAAAGCAAAUAUGAUCGAAGAAUAAGACAUCCUGGACCUGAGUCAAGUCAGGACACCUCCCGUACUCGCGAGGCGAAGGAGUUGACACAAUUCAUGGGAAAAAAGAAGGACUCCUGCCUGUGCUCCUCACCUGUGAUGAAGAUGGACGUACCCAGUCAGCACUUGCCUGAGGAGGUCAGCUGAAGCCAACGCCACGCAGCUAAGUCUGGAUUAGCAGGCCGAACGAGUUUCAAUGCUCCCCCACGUUUUAAGAUGAAGUUAUGGAAAGGUGCUACUUUUGCUUUCGUGCUCUGUGCUGCAGCCCUGUCCACCUUCCUCAUUAGAAACAUGGCCUCCAUCAGAGAGUUCAGAGUCCAAGCGAAACAUCCGCGGGCAUCUUCUUCGUCAGAACCUUCCCCCAAAUCAUCUUCAAUAUCUUCAACUGAACCACGAGUGCUGCCCUGGCAGACCGAAGAUCUUCGUCGGAAGACGCGCUCAACAGGCAACAACAUGAACUCCCUGCUCUCAGAGUUUUCUGUGAUGCUGCAGAGCUUUACAGAGGGAGAGCUUCAGCACGUGCUGGAAACCUUGCUGGACAGAAAGAGAAGGAGAGACCAGUCCCUUGGCAUGACCCAGACUCGAAGGACUAAGAGAGCUCACAAAUCCAGACCUUGCUCCCUUAGGAAGCUGGAACUAACUGUGACUGAACUCGGUCUUGGCUUCGAGAGCGACGAGACGAUACAGCUGCAGUACUGCAGUGGUCAAUGCGAUAAAAAAAAGCUGAACUAUGACCUCGUCAUGAAGCAUAUGGUCGAAAAAGGCAUUCUUGGGAGGGGUCGAAAGAACAGAGUUAGCAAAGAACCCUGCUGCCGACCCACUAAAUUUGAAAAGAGCCUUGGCUACUAUGGAAAUAAGACCCAUAACAUAAUAUCUAAUGUAUCAGCGAAGAGCUGUGGGUGUGUAUGACCUAAAGUAAUGAACUUCUCACUUCUUCAAGCUGCUCCAGGCCUCUGCUGAAAGAUCCAUAAAGGGAGACAAACAAGGGAAUAUAAACACCAGCAGAGAGGAAGAAACCAUGGGGGAAUGUUUGUGGCGUUUCCAUGGGAACCCUUUUUGACAGAGUAACUUUGAAUGAAUUCGCCUGUCAUCGCCAGUUGGAAGCAGAUCACAUGGAUGGCGAGAGCCAUGUUUGGAUUCCACGUAAAAAUGAAAAGAAAAUGACAGCACAAACAAAUACAUGUUUAUAUCUUUUCUAUCUGUGUAGUGACACUGUAAGCUAUGGUGUUAACAGCAGUUUAGCAACAUGAGGUUUGUGUCUUUGUAGUCAUUUGUACAUGUUUAGAUUAAGAACGAUGCGCCAGGGUGGAUCGGACCAUCGCUGUUACUGCUCUUCAUUCAAAUUCCUAUCAAAACUUUAUGGCUUAUAGAUGCAUCAUCCCAACAAAUUACUAGUCAGGCACAUAAAAAAAGAAAAAACCAUUGAAGCCAUAAAAUAAAAUACAUGUUAAUUUAAAAAAGUCACUACAGCACAACUUACACAGAUAUAUUUUGAGAUGUGUCCAAAAAGAUGUUCAAUUGUUUCAGUCUAAGAGGAUUUGUAUGUUUUAUGUUCUUAUUGCUACUAACUGCAGCUUUAUUACACAGGGAAAACAAAAGAAGUGUUACUUAUAAUUUAUCAAGAAAUAUUUUUGCUUUCGUCCCUGGUACAAGACCCAUAAUAACUGCAUCUAUUGAUAGUGUAGAGGCUCUCAACAUGUGUUCUUGUAAAAAACUUCCUCAUCCGCAUUCUGAAGAACAAAUCUUAUAUUUUCCCCUAAUAAUCAACCAGGCACCCCUGGUGCAGAUAUGUACAAAGUCUUUAUUGCAACAGGAUAAUCUCAAGGUAAUGUUUUCAACUUGAGUGCAUUUAUGACCAUGCUAGGAAAAUACUUAUUUUGACAUAAAUCACUGUUGGCGCAACUUGCUGGUAAAGCAUUGUAAUGCAGAACUUGGUCUUCACAGAGCUUUACGUUCAAGGAAGUGCUAAAGAGGUUAUAAUAGUCCACCAAGUUUUUAAUGGGUGCAUCUAAGGAUCCUUGUGUACCCACAGCAAGAGUCGUGCCUGCAUUCUUGGCACAAUGUGUAGUUUAUUUCCAGCAUGGAUUGGACUCAACCAGAGUUGCCUCCAGUCGCCAAUCCAGUUUAUAGAGAAAUCCGUCUUUGGUUAUUGUAGAUGUUGUGGUUCAGUUGUCGUCAGCCUCAUAAGGCUGAAAAUUGUGGCCUGCAAGAGGGUCAACUAAAAGAUGGAGGCCAGUCUCUGCCUCAAUAAGAAGAGAAAUUCAAGUAUCUUAGAGCUGGGUUUGGAUGGAAUUGAGCCUCGUCUGCAGUAAUUUGACCACUUCUCCAGAUCGUCAUUUGUGGAAAGAGAACAGUCAAGAAGAAAAGCUUACCAUUUGAUUAUCCAUCUAAAUCCCACCCUCACCUAUGGUUCAUGAUAUACACUAGACACAGGUCUACAAGAUCAGUGUUUGGAAAAACUCCUGCUCCUCCUCACUGAAAGAUAUCGGUUGAUGUGGUUUUGGGAUGUGAGCAGGAUACUGCCUGAGAGCUGUGCUUAGGAAGUCUUUCAGGUAAAUCUUCCUUUGAAGAGACCCCACAGCAUAUCUCUCGAAGGGACCAUGCAUCACUUCUGUCCAAAGAGCCCAUUGGGAACCCAAUAAAACUUAGCAGGGUAGAAGAAUAUCAGGAUUUGCCUUCUAAUCUUGUUACUGAUCUCAGAUAAGCAGAUGACAAUGACAGGAUAGAUUAUCUCUGACCAGUCCCUUUUGCACCGCGUCUCUAAAUGAUCCAAAGUCAUGGGUCCUGUCUUAUGAACCCCGUACUUGCAAUAGGUUUUGACUGGAUUUAGGUCUGGAGACGGUCAUGGCCAGGUCGGUGUUGAUUUGGCCAUUUGCUUUGGAUCACUAUCAUGUUAAAUGAUCCUAUAUGGACUCGUUUUCAGUUUUCUGGCAAAGUUCACCAGAGUUUAUUAAAACCACCUGGUAUUUUGAAGAGUUAAUCUCAUGUAGUCUAGCAAUCUCAGGACCUCUGAAAGGGAAACGGGCCCAAAGGAUCAUAGAUCCUCCACUGUAAUUAACAGUGGCGAUGAUGCGCUUUCCCACAUAUUCAUUUUGAGUGUCGGUGGCCAAAACGCUAAAUAUUGAUGUUAGGCUAGGGCGUUUCCUGACAUGCUUCCAAUAAAACAGUGAUGUAGAUGGUGUCUAUUGCUUAGCAUGGGAUUUUCCCUUACUGGAUAAAUGUAUUCAAAUUUAAUGUUAUAUUUUCCCAACUUUUUAUUUAGCUUGCCAUUAUGCUACUGAAAUAAAACAUUUUUAUUUGUUUUUUAUUUGUUGUUUUUUUACAUAUCUUUAACAGGAGUGCCGACCAAUAUGUCUGCAUCUCUACAUCCGCUGGAAUCAUUUUCACCAAAAAAUAUGCCAACAAUUCAGAAUCCAUUAAACAUCUCCCCUCAAGCUUAAGAUAAUUUAACUUGUUCAAAUUGUGACCCAGGGUGAAGUUUGUGACAUUUUUCUCCAGAACCAGAUUUGACUGAUUUGCAAAGAUGAAAAAAGGAGAAAGUGGGAACCAGAUGAAUGGUUUUAGGAAGAGGUAGUGGAAUGUUUUCUUUUUGCUCCGAGAAGCAGAAAGCUGAAGUUUUUCCCAUCUGUAAAGCGUUUUCUGACCCAUGACCCACUGUACUGUACAGCCUUUCAACUGGCCCUGAACAUGCCUCUGUGUUGUGUUGCCUGGUAGACUUUUAGGAGAAUAAUAAGCUGUGUACAUGAAUAAUAAUGCAUCCUUCUCACCCUCGGACGUCCUAUUGUAGUUUGAAAUAACUGCCUGAAGUAUUGUUUUGCAUAUUUGUUUUUCCUCAUGAGAAGGUAAAAGCGAGGGGUGCUGAUGCGGUGCAUCUAUGUUGUAGUUUAUAUUGUAUUUAUUUUGGAAAUAAAUUAUAGAUUUUCAUAUUUAUUAAGAUUAUUACACAUAAAGGGGACAGCUUUUUAUCAUCAAGCAACUGUGCCAAAAAUGUUUUAUCUUACACUCUAUAUUGACUGCUGAAUAAAGAUAAUUUUAAACAUG